AAUUUCGGACCAUGAACAGUUCAGCAUCAUUAUCAUCUCGUCGCAGUUGGGACCGAACGUAGGCUCAAGUGUGAUCACAAAGAGCGCGCGCGAUUUCGUAAAUUGUUUUUCGGUUGUUUCGUUGAAUUUUUUGGUUCGAUUGACAACACAAGAGACAGUAAUAAAUACACCCUAUCAUUGCGGGGGAAAUUCUUUCUACGCCAUUGGAAUGUCUGACCUGUUACUUCCUCGCUGGGUGUGAUGAGACGACCAGUCAACAACAUAAUCGCUAUCAAUAGUGCCGGAGAGACACAGCGAAAACAACGCAUCUUGACACGGAUGUGAACAAGUCGUAUUCGUUUGUCUGUUUUUUUAUGAGUUUCCUCUCGUUUCAAAAUAAUGACUACGAUUUGAUUUCAUCGUCGGAAUGUCCGGGCGUUUUAUAAAUGAAUGUUUUGUUUUCUCAGAUGACAGAGUAUUUUGCGUUGAAUCAAAGAUAAGCGUACAGUUUGAUUGAAGUGAAAAAGGGGAGUCUCUGGCGGAAAAGUGCAACUUCAACGGGGGAGGCUGGAUUACAACGUUUUCAAUUCGCGAGGAAUUCGCCUCAGGCUGUGUGGAAAAUGAGAAAAGCUGGACAAGAAGAUUAUUUUAAAGUGAUAGCAGCUUUAAACAACAAGAAAAGUGAAAAUUUGAAGUUGUAGUCUUAUUUUUCUUUUCGUUCGCUGUCGCCUGAAGUGGUGAGCAAUCGUCGUGUUGUGGUUGUGUUGGUGCGUACGUGGAAAAGGACGGAAAAAGGAUCACAUAACCAGGAGCCGCUCCGUCCCGACAGUCUUGCGACUCAUGGGCUCAGGUCCAGUGCCCAUGUGUUGGUAAGGACUAGCCGUGUGAGUCUCAUGCUAGAGCACUGAUACCAGUGCAUAAAAUUUUCCGCGUUUACUAUUUGUUGCUGCUCAAUUUAUUGUUGUUGCUAUCACUGUAGCUUUAUUGGUAGUGGUAGUGGUGAAAAUAGCAACUCAAUGGAUAUCCUCGUCAGUAUAUAGCAUGUAAAAAAAACCUUCGGUUCAACGUGUACAGAAAACUAUAGUGUAUCAACCGGGAGUAGGCUUUAUUAUCAUCAUCAACAGAUUAUCAAAGCGAGGGUGCGCGUGUUAGAAGCUUAUUUGAUUUACUCGUAUCUCGCACCACAGCUUCCCUUGCGGUUAACGUGCAAUCUGAUAUGAGAGUACGCGGGAGAUGUGCAGGCAAUCUGAUCGAAUGCCCAGACACCACCACCCAGACGUAACAUCUUUAACAGUUUAGUAAAUCAGUAGACGUUGCGGCCGAGCAGAAUUCAAAUCCGGCGAACCCUGUUUAUUACGCAGCCUGGUUCACGACAAAAACGGCCCCGACGCGCCUCCAUCUGUCUCCAGCGCUGGUAGCGGCGACUCUUUCGAGCUUAUACCGGAGAAACUUCAUGCAUUACGAGACGCGAAAAGCUACGCCGAACUGCGUCGCAUUCUGGACCGUAAUGGGAAGUAUCUAAGCCGCACUAAUGCCACAAUCGGUGACCAAGGUCAGCGCAGCAAUGGAAGGGCGGAUGUAUGCCGGACAAAGAAACCAAUUCAUGUAGGAACAUACCUGAACACUAAUGCCGAGUUCAGUUGUUUCCAGCAGUGCGUCAAGGAUAGUACUAUUUUCCAUAGUGCAAAAAGAUUGGAAAUCAACAGAAUUAACAAUAGUUGCUACAGUGAAGGUAUCCAGUGGCACUUGAAAUAUUUAGGUGCUUGUACGAAACGCGCGGAAGUCAUUAAACAAAGGUUCAUUGAGAAAAAGUGGUUCAACCAUCUGGAGACCAAGGCUGGUUCAGUGUUUGAAGAAGUGGAGAAAUCUGAUUCUCAGUUACCGUCAAACAACCCGUUUUCUUCGGAAAGGCGAAUCUUUCGGUGCAGUAUUAUGAACAGUUAUCCAUCGGAUCAGUGUCAGGGAAGUUCAGAAAAGUUACAACAUUUAAUCGAUAAUUUUCAUCAACUGAAACUGAAUGCGGCGGAGUUGGAAAACGGUGCGAUACCAAAAAUUAUCCUGACAGACUGUUCCUCCAGUCUGGUCUGUAAUGAGAAUAACUCAGUACAGAACAAUAACGGGAAACCUAGUCCAGAAGAAAAUUCUUUUGAACAAUAUGUUAACGAUAGCAGUGAUAAUCAUCUGAAUAAUAACGGCGGUUGUUUACUGCAACCUCAUUUCAACAAUUCCAAAUUGGAUUGCUGUCUAGAAAUUCCAGCUACUAGUUUUUACCAAAGUGAAGCAAGGCCUCCGUGAAAUCUUACAAUUUACACUCUGCUCAGGCAUUGAAUUAAGAACUAUGAUAGUGAGAAGUAGUUUCCUCUGUAAUUGUAAUCAUCUUCAUCAUCGUUCACUCAGUAGAGCCAUCGAAGACAACUGCGGCCAACGGUUUGGAGAACGAGCUGGCAGAUAGAACCAACACGCUCGUAACCGCCAACCGAUUGGCAAACCAUGGUUUCAAUUAUGGACGUCAAACCUAAAAGACAAGUCUGUGAUAAUCGUGCAACACUGUCGCAAAGUGCUGUUAGCCAGAAAUCGAUCGAUCUAGAAAUCCCGAUUCCCCUCAAGUCGCCAACCUCGACCACUUCCCCCAUAUCGCCGGCAUCGGGUGCCUCCGAGACACAUUCUCCCACGACGGCUACCAGCACCGUUACGGACACCGAGCUGGCCAAACGAGCGAUGAAACUGGAUCUCAUCGAGGUCCAGAGCAGCUCAGCGGCGAGUGCCAGCGGUACGAGUGCAGCCAGCACCACCACCAACACACUUUUCUCGUCCUCGAACUCGGCCGCCACCUCGACCACCGCAAUCAUCAUGAAGCACCGGAAGUUGAAGGAACGCACAUUCAGUGACGAACUCGGCUCGCCAAAGUCGCCGGCAGCGGCUAUAGGUCAGAGUGGUGCCACACGGCCUGUGGUACCACCGCGACUAACACCGGUUUCCUCCACCCAAACAGAUGUCGUGGACGAUCGUAAGGCACUGCGUGACGCUCUCUACCAGGGAAUCUUUCAUCGCCAUCGACGGACGAUCUUCGCUGUCGGGAGCUUCCUGCGGAUGCUGAAGAGCCGCAACUCGUCCUACAACACGAUCCGUAGCUCGUCCGAGGGUGAGGACGAUACGCGAUAAAACCGAGGGAACCGGCAUCGGCGGAGAAAUGUAGGUAUACUCAACGGAUUGGACGGCGUGGCGGUCAUCGAAGACGCUGGCUCAUUGCCAGCAGACAGGCAUGCUGAACAUGUUUUACAGAUUACUACUGGUCAUGGAUGGAAGGAGCCUGCAUAGAGGAAUGUUCAAUCACGAGAGGAAUUUAGUGAGUAGGAAGACAAUGCAAGUUGAAGGAAAGUUAGAACAUUGUAUAGUAAAUCGAAGGCGUGGCGUGGCGAACGAUGAUUACGUUUCAGAAAUUUGCUCCAAUAAGGAGCAAAGUAGUAAUUCACUUAUGGUUUAGUAUCGAAGGUUUGAGGAAAGGUCAUCAUGAUAAAACUGUACAUGCUGUUAGAGAACUCUUUUAGUGCUUCGAAUUCAACGACACCCGCUAAGAAGUGCUUCACGCCCCCGUUCACGCUUUCUCCUGUGUUCACUUUUUCCGGUUAUGUAUAUCACUUGCAUUUAAUGUUAUCCAAUAGAUUAUCGUUAGACACUGUCAGCUAAAGAGCAAAGCUUUAUGGAAUUUUAUCGUGAAGGCAUCAACAAAUAAUAUUAAGACAAGAUGGUAUUCGUAAUACAAAAGGGAUGGUGGAGUAGGUAAUACACAAAAAAAAGAACUUAUAAUCUGUCGUCAACUGAUAACAGUCGGGCUGAGCACCUCGGGAAUCUGUAAACGUUCUGUUUCAAUCUGUGGCAUUAGAGUUUCUCUGAGGAAUAUUGCCUUCAGAAUGCAUUCCUACUCACGCAUGACAAGAGCCACAGAGAAACUCGAUGUCACUCAAUAGUGUCAAUAAUUUGUUAGAAUUUCUUUUUUAAGUGAAUUCUAUUCGGAGCGAUUUUCGUUUUUGCAAGAAAUCGGCAUCGUUGUCAUUUGAUCAUAUUUUUCGAGAUUUAACUAUAGUUAUGGUGAUUCGAUGAUUCGACAAAUGAUUACGCACUACUCAAACAAGCCGUAACCAUCACCUUGUUGAUCGAUGGGAUUGUCUUGAUUGGUUCAAGCCCGGAUUGCUUUCAUAAUCGCUCUUUGUUAAGGUUUAUCCCUUAUCGAUCAAGGUAAAAGCUAAUCAGGGUUACGACUAAGAAAAAAAACGCCAGAGCAGCAUCUCAAUCGAAAUCACAACUGCGCACUUUUUCCGAUGAUUUCAAAUAUACACAUGACAAUCACACGAAAACCUUCGACCAUUUGUGCAAAGCUUCAGUUUAUAGAAUAAUAAUUGCCCGGAAGCUUACUACAAUCCCACUUACUUCAAGCUUGAGAAUACUUCGAUUUAAAUAUAGGUUUCUGUUUCGUAUUCUUAUUUUUCUAUGUUGCUGAGAGUUGAAUUGAUAGACUUAUCGUAUAAUACAACCAUUUCAUAGGCGAAAUAUUGUAUUCAUUCAAUCCAGCUCAAACCACUCGAAUGAGAAAACAACAAAUAUAUUUAAAAAACAGGAAAAUAUUUGAGCAUGCACCAAUGAUGGUGCAUAAUUCACUCAAAAAGUUCGUGAGAUGAUAAAUAUGAUGCCAAUAUUGAUAAAUCAACAAUGGAUUCUUUUUUUACGCGACUAUUUUUACGUAGAACUACAUUAUUAAGUAACGUCACGUUUUUAUGAAAUAAUGUUAACGUUAAUAACUAGUUUUGCUGUAAAAGGAUGUUGAUGCAUACCAAUCGAAUCGGAGAUUUUCUAAGAUUUGUUUGACAUGCGAUACAUUACAAUUCCCUAAUCUGGAUGCAUUAUUAUGUCCUCAUACAUUUGUGUGCUUACCUACCCGUACUAUCAAUAACAAACAACUCAUGCAUCGCAAGGGAACUAUUGACAGCCAUUCUCGAUUCAGCUAUGUUGUCAUCCAGCUAGCAAUCAGACGGCAGAGGCAGCGAGACUUUCUAAAUGGCCUUUUUCAUGGCAAAGAGUUAAGUUUUUUCGAAAAAACCAAUCAAUUUUAUAAGCAGCAGCGAUCUAAAUGCACGCUGAUUCGAAACAAAAAACAUCCGUUUUCAUCCACAGGGAAAAUAAUUCAGACUAUGGGAAUCGAGAGAAUAUUUUACGCUCACUUUGAUUCUCGCGAUAAACACAAAGCGGAUUUUUUUUGGCGAGUUAUGAUUAGCCAAAAAAAAUCAUUUUUUGUGAUUUCUUGAUGCGGAUAAUGGGGUUUCACUUCUUUAGUACAGCUGAAAACAUUACAUGAAAACAUGCGGUUACAUUGGGUUUCAUCGUGAAGUGGACAUGAGAUGAGGUCAUAUUUACACAAUUCAGCCGAUGUCCAAAUUCAGGUCGUUUGGACGCUGUCUAAGCAGGCUAACGUUGGUAAAGUAAGCUUUGGUUUUUCACUCCAUAUUUUCAGUACUAAAUGAGAGACGAAAAAGCAUUCUCCUUGAUCUUCAGAGAGAGAGAUUUUCCCACAUCUCUUUCUCUGGAAAAAAAAUUCGGUGAAAAGGAAGAGACGAAAAUUUUAGCAUUGCACACAGAGAUGCCAACAAAAUUUUUGAAAAACUGGAAAAAUUUUAAAAAAUCUGAAUAAAAGCUGGAAGAAUUUUUUUAGAAAUUUUUUCUCAGUUUUUUCCAUAUUAGCAAUAAAAAUGAGGAUAUACAGUAACAAUAUCAGUAUGUAGUAUUGGUACUUACGUAUUAACACAACCGGAGGGUAAUUUUCGUUAUGAAAUAAUUUUUUGGCAAUGAAAUUUAUGCUGAGGCUAACGUAAUCGGGGUGAAAUAAUUAUCUAACGAGGAUAUGGAACCGACGCGGCCUCAAACCGCCAAUAUGACGCAAUUCGAGUCGGCCGCCGAUCCGUUGUCGGAAGCUGGGGCCUCUCGCAAGCAGAACUGUUUUCCAACGAUUUCCCGGUGAGUUUUUAUGAAUUUUUGCUCUGAAAUAUAUCAAUUAUAUUUCAAAGCAAAAAAGUAACCGGAAAACGUAUGCCGUCCGACAGUCGCUGAUGCUCGGUCGAACCUAACUAUCCUAUGUUGCAAACUAACCGGACAAUCUUUAACCUCAGAAUAAAUUUUAUCGCAAUUAAUUAAUUUCGCAAUGAAAAUUUCGCUCCGGUAACGUUAAUACGUAAAUAUCGCAACAUUUUUAAUUUUCCUUGUCCUGUUUGUGAUCAUGCAUUGUAACAUUAACUUUUUUACAUUUUGUCAUUCUAACUAAUCCUGACUGUUCUUUAUGAAUGUCUACAUAAUUUUUGGGAGCUAGAAUUCCUCGCAUAGUUUUUGUCCCUGUUCUAUUUCUUAGUUUUUUUUGUACAACUUGUAUUCUGAAAACAAUCGCUCAACGGUUGCAGAGGCAAAGCCAGAAAUGUUGGAAUAUUUUUUCUCUUUUUGAGAAAAGCACAAUUAUUGUCAUUUUUUUAAUGACAAAAUCUUACCCCAAAAGAAAGAAACCUUGCGUUCGUCCACAGUGAAGGCAGUAAAAUCCAGGUUUCGGAUCUCCCUAAAUUCAUUAUCGAUAUCUUAAAUAUAUUUUCGAUCGCAAACUUUGAGGGAAUCAAUUGAUAUGUGCUCCAUUUAUAUGACAUUAGUUGGAUCAAUUAUCGUCAUGUUAAAAAUCAAAGUAUCCUAAAUUUUACAUACGGACGAAUAUUCAGACCGACAUAAUUUGGCUGAUCGAUCUGUACGUUGUUCAGAUUGGUCACAUUUUUCAUAUAGCCUGCCUUAAAAAAUUAUCCAAAAGUGUCCUGAAUAAUUUACGUUUACAUAUAUCCACAAAACGUCAACAGGCUUUGUAUUAGUGCCCUAAUGAUCGAAAACUUACUGCAACAUUUCCAACGGUUCGGACUUUCGCUUUGAAAUAAUCCGUUAAUAUUGUUCACCAUGCUCAGAGCAUAAGGAAGGAAGGUUAAAUAAAUAAUCGUUUUGGUUACUCGUCAUAGAUCUUACGUUAUUCUCAUCUACUUAAACAACCAAAAUAAAUUCGAAGCGGUUCGUAACGUUCCGAUAUACGUUUGACAACACUUUCCAAUGAAAUUCACCGCGUGGGUGACGAUUUUCAAAGACUUCAACUCUAAGAGAGUUUGAAAUUAAACAAACUUACUGCUUCGUAACGGAUUAUAGCUGAGAUAGGAGUAAAUAUCCUUACACAACUGCUCGAUUCUCUUAGGCAUGUGUUUAUAUACAUAUUAUUCACACAGGGUCAUCCUAUGGCAAUACAUUCUAGUAUAAACAAGUCUGGGUACGAAAGAGUAUAAUUUGGGGGAGUAAAAUACUUGAGAAUGAUGAAAAAAUAAUAAAAAAAAGCUAUAAUGGAUAAUAAAAGGAUAAUGGAUUCUUCAGCUGUAAAAAUUUGAAAAAGCUGCAAAUUUUUUGUCUAUGGCUGUUUUGCUGGCAUGCUUUAAAAAAACUGGCAAUAUCCAGGAGAAACUGGAAGUUUGGCAACUCUGAUUGCACAAAUCAUCGGGAACUAGAUUGAUUGACUGAAUACUUAUCUCGCAGCUGAGCGAGAAUUUCGAUCUCUGGUAAGCAGCUUUGAAUCUGGUGAAAUGAUACAAUGCGUCGGUUUUCAUGCCGUCUGGUCGAGAGCGCUUGUGUGUUUUCGCAUCACACACGCAUACAUUGUAGUUUUUAUUCGUUGCCGAAUAUAGAUUAAAAUGGUAACCAUCAAGCGUUUUUGAUGUUUUAUUUAUUGGAAAUGUGGGAUAAGGAAUAAUGGGGGAACAAACAUAGAAUCGCGUGUGACCAUGUGUGUGUCAACUGAAAAAAUACCGCCACGAUAGCUGAUAUAGCUAUAAAACAGAUAAGAAGAAUAGUACCUGUGAUGCACAAGCAGUACAUCGCCAGCUUGUAUAUUGUUCUCGAGAGAUAAAGAAUGACGAUUGUUCACACACCCAGGCCCGAUUGGCCCCCAACGAGCAAUAAGUAUAGAUGGCUGCACCAAUAUGAUUGAGGAUCAUUUUCGAUAAAACAAUACCACAAACUAGUCAGAGUUUCUGAUUACAACACUGCUGACUAUUUUAUAUGUGUGAGUAAUUUUCGUGUACGUUAUAAAAAAACAAUCUAGCUCACCUGUAGUAUAUGUCAAACCACGUUGAACUCAAACAUAUUUGCAUGCAUACGUGAUACAUGAGAGAGAGAAACGAAUUAAUUUUGGGGGGAGUUACUUAAAUAUGCAAUGGAGUCCAUUUGACGGGGAAGAAUGAAAUGAGAAAUUUAUAUUGGGAUUGAGGAAUAUUUUGAGUAAGGACUAUUAAAUUGGGACAGUUUGUAUGCUACAACAGACACGAUGACAUAUAGAAUGCUCAAGGAAGUUGAUAAAUUCUCCAAUUCGAAAAAAAUCCCAGCCCAACCCGGAUAUCGGACCUGCCGCCUUCAGCUUGGUAAUUGCAUGCCUUCACCGACUAAGCUAUGAAUGAGACCCUACAGGAAUGGGUUUCUUGAAUUCCAGAACAUCCUUAGAUGAGGUAAUACGUACUUGAGGUAACUGUCGUACAAGUUCCUGAAUCCCGGGAUAGUUAUAGUAUCUCAUGAAUAAUAUUGUACGAUCGAAGUGAUAUAAUAUUCUAUACAGAUCGAAACUUGUUCUUGAUAUAUCUUUAGAAUCUCGAAACUAUUGUAAAUGUACUGCAGUAGAUACCCUAUCCCUAUUUAAGUUUGAACCUCAUUCAAUCAAAGGAUCAAACUUUUAUGUUAAUUACGAAGCGUUUUUUUUACACGUUUUGUUCAAAAUUGCACUAUUUUUUGCGCAAUGUUUUUCAAAAAAUUCUGUGGCACUGAAAAUGUUUUGAUGUGGUUCCGAAGAUGAUUGAUUCAAUCGUUUUGUUUUUACGAGAACAUUACAUCAACUAACCAUAUGCCAUAUUCCUCUUUUGCAACCUUUGUAAUUGUACCUGCACAAUCAUCGGCUUGAAUUGGUCUUCAUCUAUACUAUUACUGUGAAACGUAGUCAUACAUAAGGAAAUAUGAAAUCGAAAUUUUGGUAGAACAGGCUUGUAUUGCCUUAACAUAAGAUACCAUUUAUGUUAAGGCAAUACAAGCCUGUUCUACCAAAACUCAAAACUAGCAACAUCAUCAAAACUAGGAACAUCUACGAAUAAUCCAUCGAAGUUAUUGACUAAUGCGUCAAAGCAGCAUUGAAGAAAUAUGACCAAUACAAUGUUCAGAGAUAAAACCAGUGAAGAAAGAUGAAGAAGAUCUCUCUAACAUUUGUGGAACAUUGAUUAGUUUAAAGUCAUUCUUCCAUCAUAUAUUAAGAAUUAUUCUUAUUACCUGAUUUCCAAAUUUUUUCCCAAAAUUUGAUAAUAAUCAGAUGUACCUUAAUUUCACACUUGUUCCGAUUUUUUUGUAUAAAUUCGAGGAUUAGGAUUAGGUGAAUUUACGAUAAAUUAAACUACAAUUGAUCAGAAACCGAUUUUGAUAAUACAAACUUUUAUUAGAUAAAGUUUAUCAUUAUCAACGUUACUAAUGUAUACUCGACUAUGCAAUUGAGCAGCACCCCAUUCUUAUGCAGUAGUUCUAUGACAAAGGAAAGAUCUAACAAAACGAAAAAAUGCUCCAUUUUAUUAUCCCAAAAUUUACACAAAAUCGGGGAACUCGGUUUGUCAGAACACAACAAGGAAAAACAACAUCCCAUUCCAUGGCAGCUCGGAAAGGUGUUUGGCCACGAAGAAACGCAUACCAGUUGAUGGCAGAAAUAUUUGUAAAAUACUGGAAAAAAAUCUACUGUAAAUGGAAUAAAAAGAGCUUUCGUCGCACAGUAUCGCUUGCACAGUCAUUCUCCUACUUCACGACGGGUAAAGUUUAUUAGAACAGGGGCUGGCAUAAGCUCUCCAAUACGAUCGAAAAUCGUACGAAGUCUGUAAAUAAGCCUGCAUAGAAGGGAAACUUUAUAGAAUCCAAACUGUCGGCAAAUCCACAUAUCUACUUACCAAUCAAUCCAGAGAAACUUUUCAAACCCUAAAAAAGUACCCCAUCAAACGAAAACCCGUCAUUUUUCAGAGAUUCAUUAUCAACCCGAAACAAUUGAUCGGAAUUAAUGAACUCACAUCCAUUUGUUUGUCUCACGUAACCAGAAUUAAAAGUAUCGGUUCAUCAUGCGGAAAACAAACAUUCUGCCAGGCAAUCGGCAAUCAGAAUGGAAAUGAAAAACAUGUGUGUUGUGUGUGGCAUUGAAAAACAAAUUGCAUCAAUCUGCAAUCAAAAUAUGCAACUUGUUUUCGAGUAUCGACUCACACAAAUCGGACGCCCACUUUUAUUGUGCAACAAAUGGCGGAUAUAACUCAUCCUACCCCUAUCCCGGAUAUUGCUGACAGCGUGGAAACCGUAUUGUUUCCCUUCCAUUGAAUAAUGCAAGCAAGAUGAUGCUAUAAAUGGAACCGAAUGGGAAUGAAAAACAAAAAGAAACAAUUGUUACUGGCUCAUGGAGGCGAUACCAAAACGACGACGUUAUUCACGGGAACAGACAUUUUAACGCGCUAGAGCAUAAAUUAGUUAUUUGAACCCAAUUUUUGUAAGCCGCAAAAAAACAAACAAAAACUACUUUGUAAUGCCAACGUCAUUGUUAAUUUUUAUAUCUUAGAAAAAAAAAAGCAUAUAGGACAAGCUCGGGCUAGGAAGCAAUUAACCCAACUAGUUGAAUAGUGUUUAAUAUCAGCAUUUCGUGGAUAGUGAAUCAUUAAUCGAAGCAAAAUACACGCAUUUCGUAUGAGAAAAAGUACUGCGUUAUAUAUAAUAAAUCAUAAAAAAAACAUCAAGUUAAGUUUAUACGCUAUCAAAGUAUAACACUAAUACUGGGUAUAAUACAUUUAAGCUAGGUCGGAUGUUUUGCAUCAAUGAAAAGAAACGGAAAAAGGAUGUACAUUUAAUGGCUUUCAAGGACAAGAUGCAUAGUUACAACUAAUAAAGAAUUGAUAACAACAUUAUGUUAACGUGUUAAUUGUUUAUGAUGACAGCGAUCAAGGUGUAACCGUUAGAAGUAUAGCUAAAUCAAGUUGCUUUAGCGCCACUCCCAGAAAGGAGACCACCUCUCGUGUUGAAUUGCCCGACUAACUAUUUCAAUCCUCUCAGGGUCAA